CGCAUUUUCCCGAUACCACCUCCCACCUGCCAUGGCUUCCUCGACCGAUACCUUCACGGCCAUUCCGGUGCUGGACUACACGCUGUCCACCUCGCCAGAAACCAAAGCGACCUUCCUGGCGGAACUGCGGGAUGCGCUCAUCAACGUGGGGUUCUUCUAUCUCACCAACCCGCCUGUCGCGCCGCGGGUGAGAGACGAACUGGUGAACCAAACAUUCAAGCUGUUUGAUCUGCCUCUGAAGAAGAAGCUGGAGAUUGAGAUGGUCAAUAAUAAGCAUUUCCUGGGGUAUUCGCGACUCGGCGCAGAGCUCACGGCCAGGACCCCCGACUAUCGCGAGCAGUUCGAUUUCGCGACCGAAUUACCGGCCCCGGGCCCCGACGAGCCUCUGUAUCGCAACAUUCGAGGCCCCAACCAGUGGCCCGACGAAGCUGCUAUCCCCGGAUUCCGCCACGCCGUCGAGGCGUACCUGGGAGAAGUAGCCCCCGUAGCAGACGAAUUCCAGGCCUUCAUCGCAGAGGCCCUCGAUUUACCACCGACAGCGCUGCAACCGUACUUCGAGACGCCGUCGCAGCAGAAACUGAAGCUGAUCAGGUAUCCGCCGCCGCCGGACUCGACCCCCGAGUCCGAAACCGAAACCCAAGGCGUGGGCGCCCACAAGGACUCGGAGUUUCUCACUUUCCUGCUGCAAGCCACGCCUCAUCCCGGCCUGGAGGUGCAGAAUAAAGCCGGCCACUGGAUCCCCGCGCCGCCGAUCCAGGACUCCCUGGUCGUUAAUAUCGGUCGCGCCCUGGAGGCCCUCACUGGCGGCGUGUGCACCGCCACCACCCACCGCGUCAGUCUGGCUGCGAAGAACUUCGUCGAUGCGGAGGGCGUUGCGCUGGGGCCGCGCUUCUCCAUCCCGGUGUUCCGCGGCAUGGGGUUGGAUUUAUCCGCCGAUCACGUCUCGCUGAGGAUCCCUGAGCAUAUUAAGGAGCUGAUUAAGGACGAGAAGGUUCGGUCCGACGCGGAGGCCACGUUCAAUACGAUGUUUCGCGGGCGGUUUGGCGAGGGCACGUUCAUCCAUCGCGUGAUGAGCCAUCAGGAUGUCGGGAGGAAAUGGUAUCCCGAGGUGUUGGCGUGGGCGCUGGGCGAGUAUGAGAAGAAGUAGCUCGUCGAGGGAGUAGAGUCCGGGUUAGGCAAGUCGGGGCACGGAUUAAUCUCCAUGUAGAUUGCGUUAAGAUAGUGAUCUUCACGAAUCAAUUUCUUCUCGCCUGUCAUGGCACUUGGCAGGGGAGGGGAGUCUGAAACGCCGGCGGCACUUGGGCAGUUCUGCACUUCCUUUCCCUGCAUAACGCUCAUCUAAAAGCCUUGGCUGGAGGGAAAUACUCCGUCUGCAGAAGAUUCUCCGGCAUACGGAGUCCUCGGAUAAGCGAGGUGUGGGAGUUGGAUAUGGGAUUGG